AAGGGAUUAGCCAUCGAAGCUUUAGUUACUUCCACCAGUGUUGCAAAGAACCUGUUCGCAAAUUAUUGUUACCACGAUGUUGGGUCUCAAGUUGUUGUGUUUAUCAUUAGUUUUCUUUAUCCUCGUGGAUUCGAAAGCUCUUGAGGAAUCGAAGAGCAUUAUUUCUAUGGAAAACGACGGAGAGAUGAUGGAAGGAGCAGAGUCUCAGAAUCCAUUUUUACCGCGAUUUGCGAUGCGAAAGCUUAGAGAACGCAGCGAGAAAGCAAAUGCACAAAGGAGGUAUUAUCUGGGUCGCAGAAGAAGGAGUAUACCUGUGGGUGACGAGAGCGAGAUGAUGGAGGGAGCAGAGUCUCAGAAUCCAUUUUUACCCCGAUUUGCGAUGCGGAAGCUGAAAGAGCGUAGCGAGAAAGCAAAUUCUCAAAGAAGAAAUUACCAGGGUCAAAGACGAUUGAAUCCACCACGACGGGUUCUGUGCCCCUACAGAUACUAUUAAAAACAAUGAAGUCGUAUAUUUUAUUCCUAUUACUGGGAGUUGUGAGUGUACUUGGAAACCCGAUUAAUAAACAAAAAAACUUAUGCAAUGAGAAACUACCAUCAACCGAAACAAACGAGCCAAUAACAGAAGAGAAUUUAGAAGAUGAGAUUCUCACCAUGUACAACAAUUAUCCGCAACAAAACAAAGUAGAACUUAAAGAUUUACUAAAACCUGAUUCAAGCGGAGACGGAGAAGGUGUUCAAUUCGGCGGAGACGAAGUCGAUAUAGUGAUUGAGGAAACUGUGAAUCCAUUAAAAGCAAUGUCCGAUGACCAGAAUGAAAUUCAAAUUGACGCAGACGAUUAUCUGCCUACGGGUAAUAAAGGAAUUGAUCAAGUUGUUGCCGAUAGAAUAAAAGACGAAAUUAUGCAAACUGCUGCAGGAUUUGCUCCAAUUCCUUUUUUUAGAAAGAAAAACAAGCGACCGUCAACACGGUUUCCCAGUCGACGAAAUUCUCAAAGGUAUCCGUACGCGAUAUACAGAAGUUAUCCCUUCUAUUACCCGUACUACAGGGUUUAUCGUCCUAGCUCUCUAAGGUAUUAUUAGUGCUCCCCUAAAAUGAACGCUAUUUAAUUUAUUUAUUGUAAUUUAAUUUUUAUAAUGUAAAUUAUUCUUUUAUUCGAAUGGUGUGAAUAAUAAACAUACACGUGAAUA